AUGGAGGCGGACGAUAACACCCCGCCCGACAGGGAGGACAGCACUCAGGACGACGGCCUCCUCGACGUCGGGCAGACGCUCGGGCACUUCGAAGCGUGGCUCGCCAAGCGGCGCCGCCUCUGCGAGGGGGCGCUGGCCAAAGCCGACGAGUUUGCGGCGGCCGCGGCGCGCCAGGUUGCCUCCCUGCCGCAGGCCGCGCAGGCCGAGUCCUCGGGCUGGGUGCUGCAGGCGCUGUGGCCAUCUGGCGAGCGCGUCGUCCCACUCUUUGUCGGCGUCGCGGCCACCGCCGGCCGCGGACCGGCCUCGGCGCUCGCCAUCCCCCACCCGUGCGUCUCGUCGGUGCACCUGUCCGUGUGUGUGGAGAGCGUCUCGCCCUCGCUGCGCGUCACGAUCCGGGAUGGCUCCGCCGCCGGCCACUCCUCCAACGGAGUCUACCUCGGCGGCAAGCGAGUGGUGGGCGAGCUGCGGCUGGGCGCGGAGGAGGUUGGCGCCCGGUGGGGAGACGAGGCGGCCGAGGAGGCGGGCGACAUCACCCUCAACAUGCGCACCCGCGACCAGCUCGCCGCAAAGUACGGCGGAGCGGUGCCGCGGCUUCGGCUGCGGCGGGACAACUACGAGCCCGAGAGGGGCGGCCACCCUUACGGGCCCUUUGGCAUGGUGCCUCCCGUCUUCGUCGUGCCCGUGCCGCGCCGCGUCUCGUGGGCCUCGCCAAAGGUGCUCAAGGUCUCGGCAGGCGAGCUACACUCGCUGCUCCUCUGCGAGGACGGUCACGUCUACGCCUUUGGCAACGCGCACGAAGGCCGGCUCGGGCUCGGGCCGUCCAGCCCGCCGAAGCACAUGACGGAGCCGGCCCGCCUCGAGCUGGGCGCCCUCGCGGGCGUUCGCGUCGUCGACAUCUCUGCGGGCUCCGACCACUCUCUCGCAGUGCGCGCCGACGGCCGCGUCGCCGCGUGGGGCUCGCGUCACGCCAUCCUCGGCGGGGCCCCUCCCCCGCGCCCGGCGGAGAGCACCGGCCUUCCGGCGCUCGUCGACGAGACGCCGGAGCUCAUCCACCUUGCCUCGGCUGGCAACAAGCACUCGCUCCUCGUCGGCCGCGAUGGCGGCGUGUACUCGUUCGGCCACGGCUACGGCGGCUGCCUCGGCCACGGCGCCGACGAGAGUGACAAGUUCGCGCCCACCAAGAUCGAGGCGCUCUCGGGCGUGGCCGUGCGCGUGGUUGCGGCGGGCGAGACCCACUCGCUCGUGAUGGACGGCGACGGCCACGUGUACGAGUGGGGCUACGAGGACACGAACUCGAUCGAUUGGUCUGACGAAGAGGAUGUGGAAGAGACGCCGCUUCACGUGCGAGGCGAGCCGGUGCUCCUCAGCGAGCGCUCGCACAAGUUCUACGACUCGUUUGGCCGUCGCUCUGAUCCCGGCGCGGACGGGGACGAGAAGAAAAAGCCCGUCUUCAACGAACCUGACCUCUGCGCGAGUGCCAUCGCCGCCGGUUGGGGCAUGACCGCCGUCCGCUCCGCCACCGGCCUCGGCUCGAGCGGCGGCGGCUGGACCGACUGUGGCGUCGGCUUCGAGUCGUCCGCCUGGCCAGGGGACGAAGAGGCGACCAUGGUGGCGGCCGUCAAGGAGGAGGACGAGGAGGAGCAUGAGCCGCAACAGGCGGGCUGCGUGAUAUCGUGA